AUGGCCCCCGAUCUAAAUUCUGUUCCUCCUUCUCCACACCCGCGGGGCCCUUCUAGAGCACUGUCAACGGGCGUGCUGCAACCUACUGCAACCAGCUCAACAUCCGCUCAAGCCUCUCCUUCAGUGUCUCGACGAGUCUCGCAAGUCAUGGGUCCGCCUCCAGUUCCGCAUUUCCCCACGUCACCCGGCCUUGCGUCUGGCGAUAAUACUGGAGUGGGGGUUGGUCCAGGGCCAAUCCGACAUCCCCGACCCCUUACUGUUGCCGAUCUACAUUUAGAGCUAGAGAAGGAGCAGGAAGCAGUGGUAAACCGUCUCACGCGAGAACUCACCCUCCUCCGCCAGCAGACAGCCUCAGUAGCAUCCACGGCAUCCUCGACGUCUACCAAUCUUAAUGACUCCUCAGAUCCACAACAUCCCACUGCGUCACGCCGCAACCGAUCAUCUUCGAACAUUAGUUCCAGGAGCGUUGCGGGAGCAGCAUCAGGGGUGAUAGCAGGUGGGGUGACAAGCAUUGCCCCCUCUCGUGAAAGGGAAGCGCCAUCCUCCUCUUCACGCCCAUCCCUUGACAUUCCCCGGGGAAGUCUCAGUCGCGAGGCGUCCGUAACAUCACGUCAUCAGUCCGGAAACGCUUCACCAUUGCUCUCCUCGCCAAACCAACACCAGGCAGACUAUUCAUCGCACCACCACCACAUGUCCAACCAAAGCACGGCAUAUCCCCCUUCCCACCGCACAUCCAUGACCUCGCACACAGUCCCACUCCCGCCUUCUCAACUCUCCACCACUUCAGCAGACCGCGCACGAUCCGGCUCCACGUCCUCUUCUGUUUUAUCAAGGUACGAAGAAGCAGCUUACCAUCGAGCAGAACUCGAAGCGGUGAAGCGGGAAAAUGACAUUCUCCGCCGACGAAUUCGAGAACUUGAAGCCAAUUUGAAAGAUUACCGUCAAACACCUGCUCCAUCGCCGCCUCCACAACAGCAGCGCACGACGGAGGACGACCACACUGCCACAACCACGUCUAGUCUUUCGACUGAAUUAAGGGAGGCAUCGAUUGCUGACGAUCGCGUUAUCAGGCGGUGA